CCAGUCAAUUGGCCGGGUCACUUUAUCCUUGUGAAACAAAAGUGGGAAAUUGUUGGAAGUGAACAACUUGAACUUAGCACAUGUUGCAUUCUGGCAUUCUGGCAGCCAGAAUGCUAUUGAUCAGAAAGCUACCCAAUUGAUCAGAUCAGUCACAUGAGUUCUUCUGGCACUCAUCACGCUGCUUUCAGCUGUGCAAUGCGAUAGGUGUGCUUGUCUGUUACCCACCAUAUAUACUUUAUCCGUUGCUCGGGAGAAGAGAUGUACGUACCAACCCGUUUGAUUCGCCAUGGCCGCCUUCCGCCUCCUCUUCCUCGUCCUUUCCUGCAUCGCCGCUGGCUGCAACAGUGUUGUCGCUGUCGCGGUCGACGACCAGCCGCUGCCGCAGCAGGAGUUCUGCAUGGCGUCGUCUUCUUCUUCGUGCCCGGAAGCUGCCGUCGACGCUGAGCCGCUCAAGGAGGAGACCAGCGUGAUGUACAAGGAGAAGGCCAGCUCGUUCUUCAGACAUGAUGGUCGCACCAUCAAGGUCGACUUCGUACUCCCCGCCAGCAACAGCAUAGCCGCCGCUGGGGACGAGGACCUGCAGCUGCGGCAGGAAGCCAUGGCGCAGGCCAUUACGGUCCUCUCCCGCUACAGCCCAGAGACCACCGACCAACAGACGCUCAAGCGGGCGAUGGGGGUGGUGAACCUCGAGGCUCAGCGGUGGAAGCCCAUCUUCAGGGCCGUCAACAGGGUGCUGGAGAGCGGCGCCGACGACCGCACCAAGGAGGAGGCGUUCGCCCAGGCCAGGGUGCAGCUCAACCGCGACCUCGGCCAAGAAGGUCCCAACGCCCUCAAGCUCGACUUCCGCUUUCUGUGACAUGCAUCGCCAAUUCGCCACCUCUGCCUUAAUUUCUCUUUCGGCCUUAGCGCGCCCUAGAUCUCUAUGGUGUUGUUAGUCGUGGGGCGCUCCCGUCCGUGCGCUGCGGCUUGUCGCAGUUGUCGGAGCUCCACCAUUAUUUUCCUUCGACUUCGUUCGUCAUUGUGUUUGCAUUUCUUAGUCAGCGAGGUGGUUAUUUUCUUACUCUA